AUGGCUUCCUUCUCGUCCGAAGAUCCCUACUUCAACCUUUUCUUUACUCCGGCACCAACUUCGUCCGCAAGAAGCCCCAGAAACGGCAGCAGCAGCGCAUCAUCAAGAAGCCGCAGCCCAUCACCCUUUCCUGCUAUCACUCCCACCUCUACCGCGACCCCAUCUCUGGUGAGAGCGUUGAUGUACUCGACCUCCAUUCCAUUGUCCAUCAUGCCGUCCUCUAAAGAAGCCGUCAUUACCAAGUCGCCAAUCCUCUCCGCCCUGCGCACCCCGGUUGCAACUGCGGACUCCACCAAGACGUUCGACUCAGGCUACUUCUCAUCUUUCUCCGAGGAGACCAGCCUCAAGCCCUCGGCUCAUCGCGGCUCGAUCUCAUCAGUAAAUACUACCUCAUCUGCGGCGACCAACAGCACCUCGGAUGCAAUUGAGAUUCGCGUCACGACUGUGACGACCAAGAUCACCACCAAGCUUGACACCAUGCAACGCCAGUUCAACAAGCCAACUGAGGAGGCCACCGUCGAGGAGCUACUGGCCCGCCCUCCCCUCAAGCACUCCCUCAGCCACUAUGUCAAGACCGCCCGCGACAGGCGCAUGCCGACGGUGGACCCUGAGGAGGAACGGAAGCGGUUGGAGAAGGUGAAGGCUGAGCUGUUGGCCGCGAAGGCGGCAUUCGAUCUGAAGAUUUAA